CCAAAGGGCACAGGGCGUUCCAGGACAAAACUUGUCAUGGAGUUCAGUUAUUUCCUUGUUUUCAUCAGGACUUGAGCAAAGAUUACGAGGAUUUACGGCCUAAAAAUACUUAAGUAAGGAACGACAUAAUCUGUGGGAACACAAGGGAAUACAAAAUGGACCGAGGGCUAUCGGUUACAGAACAGAAACUGGCUGAAAAGCUGACCAUCUUGACUGACAGAGGGAAUGGAAUGUUGACUCGUAUUUACAAUAUUAAAAAGGCUUGUUCUGACCCUAAGUCAAGACCUGGCUUCCUGACUGACAAGACACUUGAACCAGCUAUAAAAUACAUUGUUAGAAAAUUCCCACAGAUGGACACAAAGGCUCCACAACUUCAGCCAGUUUCUAGCAUCCAGAAUGAAGUCAUGAAAGGAUUGUCCAAUUACUACUUCACAUUCGUAGACAUCAUGGAAUUCAAGGAUAAUGCGUGUGAACUAUUAACUGCCAUUGAUGCAAGUUUCGUAAACUUUGACAUUACACUGAAUUUUGGUCUCACAAAGACAUACUUGGACCUCAUUGUUACGUUUACAUCUCUGAUGAUCAUGGUAUCCCGUGUUGAUGAUAGGAAGUCAGUGCUGGGACUUUUUAACCAUGCAUUUGAAAUGAGAAAUGGAAGAAGUGAGGAGUCAUUUCCUAGGCUUGGACAGAUGAUAUUGGAUUACGAGAAUCCUCUGAAAAAACUAGCUGAACAAUUUGUACCUCACCAACAGAGAGUGUCUACAGCCCUGCAAUCCAUACACGAAAUCUUUCUCAGAAAGUCAAUGACUGGAGAACAGUGGCGCCAAAAUCAAAUUCUGAGCCUCAUCAGUCAACCUGCUGGCAUGCUCAGUCCUGCACUAAGUGACGUGCCUGCUGUCGAAUACCUUAGUAUGUCUACAAUUCAACGAUGGAUCAUGAUUGGAUACACCCUAUGUCACCAACAGCUGGCCAUGCCAGGAAUCACAGACAUCUGGAAGAUGUCAUUGCAGGAUGGUUUCUGCAUCACUCUCUUCAGGGAUGAAGUCUUUUACUAUCACAAGGAGAUCCAAAAUCUACUUGAUGGAUUGAAAGGGUACAACAAGCGAGUCAAAGACAUCCAAGAUGCAUCCAACCAUAUCACUAACAGCGUGUCUCUACAUAAGGAAAGAAGAAACUACUUAAGACUAGCCAUGGCGGAAAUGUCCCUGAUACUCUCUGAUCAACCAGGUCUUCUUGGACCAAAGAUUCUGGUUGUAUUGCAUGGGUUGUCAUUGGCGCGUGAUGAGAUUUUAUGGGUCAUACGCCAUCACUGUAACCCUGCCCCUAAGAAGAAAGUCUCCCAAGAGGAGUUCUAUGACCCAAAACUGUGUCAACUUUUAUUGUCUGUUGAAGAAAUCCGAUCUAUGAUCCAGAAGUAUUCAUCUGUUCUUCAAAGAUACUUCAUUCAGUACUUGUCAGGCUUUGAUGUCACACUACUUAAAGAAGUUGUUCAGAAAAUCUCGGUGUGUUCUGAAGAUAUAUCUCUGAUAAUGACAUCUUUUAUUGAUGAGUUGUCCUCAUUAACUGUUAAACAAGUUGAAGCUGGUGAAAUCUUUGACUUCAGUGGUCUUCGCAUGGAUUGGCUGAGACUCCAGGCAUACACUAGUGUGCGUGGUUCUUCACCUGAACUUAAGGACAACAGAGAUCUAUCCAUACUGAUGAACAACGUAGCAUUUCACACAAGCCUUGUGGACAGACAGGAGCGUAUACUUUUUGAUGUGUCUGACCUGUCUAUAUUCUGUUUCUAUCCCAAUUUCUGCGAAAAUUCAUUUUUAAAAACUUUAGAAGAUACAGCCCAGCUACGGUACUCCAUUGCGUUUCCUCUCGUGUGUGGUCAUUUUAUGUCUUGUACCAGCGAUUUUUGUCCAGAAGAGCGCCAUCCAAUAGGUGAACGUAGUCUGGCUGCCAUCAAUAUGUUUUUAGACUCAAUGGCAAAAGGAGCAAGGAAUCUUUUGAGUCAAGUUUGUACUGACCAUGUUGAGCUCAAUCAACAGUUAUGGCACACUCGAGCUGUUCGUCUUCUGUCUGAAAUGUCUGGUGAGAAAAAGAAAGACAAGAACAAGAAAAACACUCAGGAAGAAUUUUCACCUCCUGGAAGUGAGAGUUUCCGGAAAAACAGAGAAAAUUUGACACCGCUGGAUAAUAAGCUGUUAGCUUUCACGGAACUGUGCUCGGCUAUCUGCCACACAGAGGCUAUUCCUGUCUGGGAACAUGUCUUUGCCCCUAAGGAAUAUCUUAGCAGCCAACUGGAAGAGUUUUUUGCUAAGUCUGUGAUCAGCAUGGCUCAGUAUGACCAAGAAAAUUCAAGGAUUGCUAGACCAAGUGAAGUGCUAAGUAAUAUUAAGGCCAUAAUGUCAACCCUCCGAAAUCUCGAAAACUUCAAUGGUGUGGACACAGCUCGCAUCUUUAAUCACGUACUGUUACAACAGACACAACCCCAGGAUAGCCAGGGUGCAAAUACCAUCACACAGAUGUACACUACGUGGUACCUCGAUGUCUUCCUACGUCGUGUGAUGACAGAUGGCAUCAUUUACUCGCCUCGUAGAAGGGCCUUCGUCAACCGUCCUGGCCUCGCUUUUAAAGCUGAGGAUUUCACGGAUGUGAAUGAAAUGUAUGCCUUAUCUGAAUUGCUGGGAGCUUAUGGCAUGAAAUAUCUGGGUGAGAAAAUGAUGCAACAGAUUGCUAGUCAAGUCGGUGAGCUCAAGAAACUUGUCGUCAAUAAUAAAGACGUGCUCAUUGCUUUGAGGACGAGUUUUGAUAAACGGGACGAGUGUAUUGAUCUCAUACGACGCCUGAAAAACAUGGAGGACAUCAUGCUACGGGUGAUAAUCAUUGGCGUCAUUCUUAGCUUCAGGCACUUGACACAACAAGCUCUUGCCACUGUAAUCUUGUCAUCUAAUGGUAAGACGUUAAAGGUGUCCACUGGAAAAGUAUUUCCUAAUGUAGCUUGGGCUGGUUUUACUGACGAGAUCGAUGUUUCCGGUUGGAGCUCUUUGGAAGUUCACAGCAAUGGCUCGUACCCAGACAUGUUGCAGGCAACAGCAGCAGGGAUGGCAGAGGGAUAUAUUACAUCAGAAAUGAUCUCCAUGGCAUAUGUCAAUCAGUACGAAGGUUACUGUAAAUCUGAAUCUGAAUUUUGUGAUAAUUUACAAAAGUUUGUGAAGAAAAACAAUGACUGGAUGGAAGAAAAGAUUACAUCUUCACCAUCAGAUGAUUAUUGGUACCAGGUAAAACUCAUUUUGAGUCAGCUCAAUGGGCUCAAGGUGGGAUAUAGUGUCAAUGCUUCCUUACCAAGCAUUUCAGAUCUGGCUUUUUUCAUGUUCCAAGCAAGUGGAGACCUUGAGGAUUUGGAAUAUGUUUUAAAAAAGAAAACCCCUCGUCGUAUCCUUGGAUCUGGUUCCUGCUCAGCUUUGAUAAAACUCCUUCCAAACAACAAGGAAUUAUUCAUAUCGCAUGUAACGUGGAACACGUAUAUAGGAAUGCUGCGAGUCUUCAAACUGUAUGAUUUUCCAUUCAAGACUAAAUUAGGAACAGAAGUUAUUCCUGGACAGCGACAGAGCUUCUCAUCUUCACCUGGUAAUAUAUUGAGUGGUGAUGAUUUCUACUUGCUGAGUAGUGGAAUGGUAUCUCAGGAAACUACUAUAGGAAAUUCAAACAAAGAUCUAUGGAAAUAUGUGACACCAGAAAAUAUAGUAUUUGAGUGGAUGAGAGUGAUGGUGGCCAACCGACUGGCCAGUAGCUCUAAGGAAUGGACGUACAUAUUUUCAAAGUUCAACAGUGGCACAUAUAACAAUCAGUGGAUGGUUCUUGACUACAAGUUAUUCGAGCCAGGACAGCCAAUCAAGCCUGGAACCCUGUCAGUCCUGGAACAAAUCCCUGGCAUAACAGAAUCCGCUGAUAUGAGCGUUCAUUUGGAGGAGCAGCGCUAUUGGGCCAGCUACAACCUCCCAUACUUCCCCCUUAUUUACAAUCAAAGUGGUACUGAAGCCAGUCGCGAAGCAGAGGGAUCGUGGUUCGACUAUCAUCUCAAUCCUCGUGCACAGAUAUUUAAAAGAGACCAAGAUAAAGUGGUGGACUUGGAUUCCAUGAUGAAACUAAUGAGAUAUAACGACUACAAGAACGAUCCAUUAUCAAAAUGUAACUGUACGCCACCCUACAGUGCUGAGAAUGCCAUAUCUGCUCGCUCUGAUUUGAACCCUGCAGAUGGAAAGUACCCUUUUGAUGCUCUUGGUCAUCGUAUGCAUGGUGGCACGGACUGCAAGAUUACUUCAUUUGAAUUGUUCAAGAAAUUCCAAUGUACAGCAGUAAGCGGUCCAACCCAUUCUCAGCAGCCAGUGUUUCAGUGGAGUAAAACAGAAUGGAAGAAGCCCCUCGGUCACCCUGACAAAYUUGAUUUUGCGCCAGUAGUUAUGUCGUGGGAUAGCAACUAAAAUAUUCAGUCCUCUUUCUUUGAUAUCCUCUUGACUAGGGUAGAGCGAUCGGAAGGCUGUUGGAAGGCAAUGCUUCAUGACUAAGUUUUUGAUUCUGACCUUUUAAUACUAUUUAAUUUGCAAAAAGGUUUAAUUUAAAUUUCGUUAUUUAGCCUAUGCUAAGUGCGUUUGUUGCGCCGGUUUUUCACAUUGUAACAUUGUCUGUCAUUAUUACUGCAGUAGAUUGAUAUGUAGAGGGUAAGUUACAGUGAUAGAGAAACCCAACGAUACUGAAUGUUCCGAAUGCUCUUAGAAUGACUGUAACUGUGAAUUUCUGUACCAAUAUUUUUUAUUAAACUGUUAUAUAAUUCGUA